AUGACGCCCUUGCUGUCGAACUUGGCGGCUCCGCCUCCCCACGUAUCUCCUGCCUGGUUCAGGGAGGAGAGGAGAUCGGCGCGUCGCGCCGCCUGUCUGAAACUCUUCUUCGCGUUCAUCGCAUCCUUCGUCAUCGUCGCACUGAUCUUGGGGCUGCAAUGUCUCCUUAAAUCCUUCUUUCUGAGCGCAGUUCUCGGGCUUGCACUGCUCCUUUUCACGCUCUACUGCCUCACCCUGGCGCUUGUGUUCCCAGGCAGCAACGCCAUUUUCCAGUGGCACACGCAGCAGCAGCUGGGAUCGGAGGCGGCGAGCGAGCUGCUCAGCCGCCUUCGCUCGCUCGAGCUGUAUCUGCUCUACCUUCUCUCCUUGCCCUUUCCAGGCAUUUCGGAGAAGCAAAAAAAAGACGUCAUUCUCUCAGCCUCGAAAUCCUGCCUCGCACGCUAUCUUGCAACUCCCAUCGUCUGCACCCGCCGCGGCGUCUUGCCGCUGCUCAGCUUUCCAGGGGCCGCUCGCGAAAGCGUCGCUUUCGCUGUAAGCGAUGCUGCUGCCUCCAGAGCAAGCCUCUCCGAGUGCUACCUCUUCCUUGCCUCGCACCUCUUGUCGCUCCAAGAGCUGCAUCUCAAAGCCGACGCGCUGCUGCGGCUCCAGCAGCAGCGCCAGCAGCAGGAUGCCGCAGCAGGGGCAGGAGACGCAGCAGCCUCCAGCGGCACGCCUGGCUGGAUCGAGCAGCAAAAAGCUCGAACCGCCCUGUCAUGGCUGCAGGAGGCUCUUGCCUUCUCAGUCGCGUCUCUCCUGUCUCACCUUGCUGCGAUCUCCCUGACGCAGUCUCCUCCAUCCGCAGAAGACGCCUCCUGCCUCCUGGAAGCUCCCAGCAAGGCGUCAGCGCCUCGUUCUCGGGGAGGCGCAAGCGCUGCUCUUUCUCCCCCCCCCCUGGCCGCUCUGCGGCUAGCCACGCCUGCCGACAUUCUGUCUUGCGCCGCCGCUUUGAACCACUUGCAGGCUGUCGCGCUGCUGCUGCUGCCCUUCCAGAGCACUCAGCAGCAGACAGGAGGCUCUUCGCAGCAGCAGCAGCUGCUGCUGCAGAAAAAGCCCUUUGUUGCGCGCGUGCUGCUGCUGCUCUUCCGCUUUCUAGCCGCUCAACCUUUGGUCUCGCCUCCUCUGCUGCAGCAGCAAGCUGCACGCGGAGGCGCGUUCGGAACUGCCACCGAAGGCGUAGAAGUGUGGCUGCCUGUGCUGCAGCAGCGCAGGCGAGCAUGCCUUGCUGCUGCCUUCUGCAAGGCAUGGACGGCUGCUGCUGCACGCUUGCGCCGAUUGCUGCCGCCGGCGCUGCGCCUGCUUUGGCCUCCUCCGUCCAAAGUGGUGUACAUACAGUGCUUGUUCGUUCCCGCUCCAGGCAGUCACUGGCUGCUGCCAAGCAGCUGCUGCUGCCCUCCUGCUGUCGCAGCCGCUGCUGCGGAGGCGGCGCCUUACGACUUUUGCUACCCCCCGAGCCGCUGCUGCUGCUCCCGCCAGUCGGGAGCUGUGGCGCCUGCAGCAAGCCAUCUUGCAUCUCCUGAAUUUCCGCCGUUCAAGCAACAAAAACAGCAACAAGAGGGCAGUCGCGCGUGUGGCGCCGCUACUGCCCUCCUAGCAGCAGCCAGGAGCGCAUGCAGCAGCCCAUUUAAACGCCUCCUCGGAUCGAUCAGUCCCUUGCACGAGCACCAGCAGCACCAUCGAGGCGCAGACAGAACGGCAGCAGAGACGGAAGGGCUCCUCGCAGACGCAGAAAAUUCAGACGAGGGGAGUUGUCGUCUCCCCCUGCGGUUCACGUGUGGCUGCAGCACUAACCAGCAUCCUCGCAUCAGCAGCGCAGCCGCUGCAGCGGCUGCACAUGUACCGAUAGGAGGCGAUAUUGUCAUUGCAUUCAAUCCUAACGCAGGAUCUAUUGAAAUGGCUCUUGCUGGCGGAAGUCCAGAGAUGGAAAGCUAUUUAAAAAAGGGCUUUAGUGUGCUGAUUUCGAACUACCGGGGAUGCUCGUCCUCUGCUGGCAGCAUCUCUUUACCCAGCGUCCUCAACGACGCUGUUUCAAUUUAUAAGUUCGCUGCUGGACUUAUAGGUGCUCGUCGUACAGCGCUUCAUGGUCGCUCUAUUGGUGGACUCCCUGCGACUUACGCUGCCUGUGUGGCUUCAAUUUUGCAGCAGCGACAGCAGCGCGUUGCUGCUGCUGCUGCUGCUGCUGCUAUCGCUUUGCCGAGCUGCGCAGUGGCGACGCGGGAGGUCAGCGCCUCCAGCAGCAGCACGACUUGCAGCACAGCCGAUCCCAGCAGUGAGGGGUCGAUGAGUCGCGCUGAUGCGGCGCUUGCGCCUGUAGAAUUUUUAUGCGUUGACAGGAGCUUUUCCUCCCUUGACAAGGCAGCAGAGACGCUUUUCGGGUGGGAGGCUUCAUUGGCAGUUCGUGUAACAGCGCGCGUUAGUGCCUUAGCGUCUGACUCUUGGAGCAGCACGUCCGACAGCUUUUGCAGCAGCUGCGGCAUGCUGACACAAGCAAGGAACGAAGUGCACUGCAGUGUCUGCAGAGAGCUGCUACUGACGCUCAAAGAAGAAGGCAGCAGCAGCAGCAGCAGCAGCAGCAGCAGCGCUGGGCAUUGUGGCAAAGUAGCAGCAACUGCAACUGCAACUGCAGCAGCAACUGCAAGUGCUGCAGCUGCAGCUGCUGCAGAAUGCAUGCAACGGGCGUGUUCAGCCUCGGCUUUUGACGCUGUUCGCUGCAGAAAAGUGAUUAUUGCAUCACCGCAUGAUGAGAUUAUCGGGGAGUGCGCUUCUUUGAAGAACCAGCCACUUCCUGGCUUGCCUUCAUGCGCAGCCUUUUCCGUGUAA